AUGGCACCAACCGAGUCGCGGCGUCUCGUGGCCCACGUCCUCAAUGAGCUGGGGCUAGUCACCAUGUGGCGGUCAUCCCUGGACGUCAAGCUACUCUGCGCACAGCGAUUCGUGCGGCUAUUCGCCUAUGGCGGCUCAACGCUGAUUCUGGCGUCGUAUCUGUCUGCCAUGGGGAUCUCCGACGAUCGCAUCGGUCUGUUCAUGACUCUGACACUGGUCGGAGAUGUGGUGAUCAGCUUUUUCCUCACGCUCUUUGCCGACGCAAUGGGACGCAAAGCGGUGUUGUCGCUUGGGUCGAUUCUGAUGGCAGGUAGCGGAGUCGCCUUCGCCCUGUUUGGGAAUUACUGGGUCCUUUUGGCUGCGGCGGUUUUUGGAGUAAUUAGUCCCAGUGGGAACGAGAUCGGACCCUUCCGCGCGGUGGAAGAAUCCACUUUGGCUCAUCUCACGCCGCAUGAGCUGCUCAGCGAUGUGUUUGCUUGGUACUCGCUCAUUGGGACUGCCGGCUCGGCCUUGGGACUGCUGAUAUGUGGAUGGAUCAUCAACUCGUUGCAGUCCCUCAAGGGGUGGCCUUUCGUCCCUGCUUGCCGGAUCAUCUUUUUCGUCUAUGCCGGUGUCGGUGUAGUCAAACUCGCCCUGACUCUAGGUCUGAGCUAUAAAGUCGAGGCCAUCGAGAAAGAAGACACGCAGGACCAGCAGAAUGCUGAAACCCGACCACUCCUGGGUGAACCAAAUCAGACGGAGCAGGAAACCAGCCCCUCCCAGAAAAAGAAAUCUUUGUUUCCCUCGAUUGAAAAAGACCUGUGGUCGCUGGUUGUGCGGCUCUUCAUUUUAUUUGGAGUGGAUUCGUUCGCAUCUGGAUUGGCAUCAUUGUCUUGGAUGACUUACUUCUUCAAGCGCAAGUUUGCCUUGCCUGAGGGUCAGCUGGGUACCAUCUUCUUCAUUUCCAGCAUCAUCGCGGCGGCCUCCAUGCUAGUCGCAUCAUCCAUUGCCAAACGCAUUGGCAACGUCAAGACCAUGGUUUUCACUCAUCUUCCGUCGGCUGUCUGUCUAUCUCUCAUUUCCGUCCCGUCGAGUCUGCCGCUUGCCCUGACUUUCCUCAUCCUACGAGCCUGUUCCCAGAAUAUGGACGUGGCCCCUCGGUCUGCAUUUCUUGCGGCAGCUCUGCCGGCAGACAGCCGCACCGCAAUUAUGGGUGCGGUUAAUGUGGUCAAGACCACUACCCAGAGUCUGGGGCCGCUGCUCACGGGUGUGCUGGCACGCAACAAUCUCUUUGGUGUCUCCUUCAUCAUUGCCGGUUGUUUGAAGGUCGUCUAUGACUUGGGCAUGCUGUUUAGCUUUGCCGGCAAGGAGACUGCACGGAAGCAACCCGCGCAAGCAGACGAAGAGACUCACUAG